AUGUCCAACGGUGCGGUGCCACUUUUAUCGACAGUGCCUCCUAGUUACCGUGACAGACUUGUAGCAUUUUUCCAUGAGCACGAUGAGACCAAACUGGGUUACGUGGAUGACAUGCUGGAAAAGUAUGCCGGGAAGGAGGAGAAGCUUAUAGCGGCACUCCUGAAGAAGUACAAAUCACGGCUGCCGCAGCCUGAAUGUGCCGUUGCUCCUGCUGUUGACCUUCCAGCAGGGGACUUGCAGGACGAGUGUCAUCCUUCUUCUGAUGGCAAAAGUGCGUAUCGUGAUGCCGCUGUGGCGAUACUGCAGAAGUAUGACCCAUCGAGGCUGGUGCACGUGGACUACCUUCUUUGUAAGUACGAGGGAAAAGAAGAAUUGCUUGUGAGGCAAUUGAAGAAGAAAUACGCUAAGGGGGGCAUCCAGCCGGCUCAUGAUGACCGUUCACCGUUAGCGUCCACAACACCCGUCGAGCGUGUCGAUUACCACCAGCGUUUGACGUCCUUUUUUCUUCGUUACGACCCUGAAAAGGUGCCACAUGUCGAAAUGAUUCUUCGCAAGUAUUCUGGGAAGGAAGCGAAGCUGAUUAAGGCACUUGUGCGUCGCUUUGGCCCUGAGCCUUCAGUCAUUGAAGGGUGUUCCGCUGAUCAGGAAGGGGAAAAGCCAUGUUUGGCGUCUACGGAAGAUACAGCCGUGGCACCGGGUGACUCCGUGAAGGAUACACGCAAUAAUUUGAGUGGCAGUGAAGGUCUGGCGGUUGCCCGUGCGGAAGGCAGUCAGCGUACGGUGGAUGUCUCGAGUUUUAUCCGAUUAUUUAGUGUGGAGUGGUGUCUUACGGAAGAGCAGCAGGCAGAGAAUUCACGGCGUCUUGACGCAUUCUUUCACUCACACCCGGCGCGUCCAUCGUCUCAACCUGCGCCGCUUUUACCCUCCGUUCAAACCUGCGGGGAAACUGUUGAUCCGGACAUAUGGUCGCUGCCGGAGGUCUCUCAGGAAGAGCUGCAGCGAUGGCGAGAAGAAAAGCUUUCGCUGUCUGAUCGUCUCGUAUGGCGGAGGCGGAAACCAAUAAAGCAAGUGAAUAUGCAACGAAUGUAG